UGUCGAGGUGUGGUCAAGCAAGAAAAAGUCUCGAGGUCCCACACUCCAUGUGUCUGAGCAGCACACGUGGAGAGAGACAGAGAGAGAGCCGCGGGCAGAGCUGCUAUUCAAUCCCAUGCAUGAUCCUAGCGCAGAUUGUAUUUCCUUACCCGUUGGUAAGGACUAUUUGAAGCCGACGAUGGAACCUCAACACUGGAUCUUCUCGUCUCGGGCAUUCUUUACUACCCUAGGUCCCACCCAGACCAUCGGUGUAGCAUGGCUAUGAGCGAGGAUGCCUCAAGGGCGUUGGUCAUCAUGUGGGUGAUUGUUGGGGUGGUCUUUGUUUUGGUAAUCCUUCGUGUGUAUACCCGGGUGGUCUGCAUGGCCGCCUAUGGUGUUGACGACUGGAUAUAUGUUGCCGCAUUUAUCAUCCUUUUCAUUUAUACCGUCCUCAUUCAAUAUGCUGCCUUCUUUGGCUUCGGCCAAACCGAAAAAGAAAUAGCAAACGCUACAAGGGCGUCAAAAGCUCGACUGUUCGAAUGCCUCGGACAAACCACGUCAUUUGUUGGCACGCCUCUCGCUAAAGCUUCUCUUGGAGCCUUUCUUCUUCGACUGGUCACGGUGACGUGGCAUCGGUUUGCUGUCUGGGGAGCAAUGACAUUGAUGUUCUUGUCAUCUGUUGCACAGCUGCUAUGUUUCUGGCUGUCUUGUCGUCCUUUCAACUACGUGUACAACAAAAAUAUCCGGGGAGUCUGCCCAGUUAAUACACGGCCAACUUUCUAUCUUCUCUAUGGUUCAACCAUCGCCACAGACUUCUUCUUUGCAAUGUUUCCAUGGAUCAUCCUGUGGAAACUUCAGAUGCCCAGACAAGAGAAAAUCACUAUUGGCUGCAGUCUGAGCCUCGGACUAAUUACCGCCGCGGCCGGUGUCAAACGAGUGACAGAAGUGGAAGGCCUGUACACAUCAAAUUAUCUGAAAACCACCCUUCCUCUUAUUGUGUGGUCGGCCGCAGAGAUGGCUAUUACCCUCGUCUGCAUCGGCAUCCCCGUUUUGAGACCGCUAUACAAGCGCAUCUACUGGCACCUUCGAAGGCAAUCCGCACACUCGUCAGAACAUCUCCAACAUUUAGACUGCUCAAAGGAGCAACCAGGAUUUGCACUGCAGACAAUCGGCGGAGGGCCCCUUGAUAAGGAGAUGAGUAACUUGGAGCGAAGGAACAGUACAAGACCAACCAGUGUCAUGAACAACAACACUGAUGACUUUCUUUACGAGCGAUUCCGGAUAGGGAUUAACGAAGCGUCUAAGACGACGGUGAUAGCUCAGCAGCGAAGGCUAGACGACGAGGAUUCAAAGAUGGACGCACUCGACGAUUAUAGCUGUAGCCAACUUGAGCGCAGUACUGAUAGCACGCGGAGGGCAUUGGGAGAUGAAGAGCUCGGUAUGGUGAAUAAUAACCAGCGGAGCCAAAACACCAUUACCGUAACGCAAAGCUUUAGCGUUGAUAGAAGUUGAGCAGGUAGUACUUUAUCUGACCCCAUGUAAUUGUCAGUCGUUCAAAGUCGAGAAGAGCUCCGUUGCAUUGAAGAAGCAAAGACACUAUGUUGCGAAAGGCAAGGAAAACGGAAACAAAGGUAGCCCAAGUGAUGACAUUGGAUACAGUAUUAAUGACAAGGAGAUGUUGCCACACCAAACGCCGUAUAAGCAAAGGGCUGGAACUGUCUAGCAGUUUCAUCGGGGUAUCAUGGUCCGUGAAAAUGCUCAAGUACGAAGUGUAGGAGGAGAAGCCAGAAAGUGAAACAGAGUGUCGUCUGAACCAAGACCAUGAAAAUGCCGCUUGCUAUACAAACCACAUAGAGUUCCCCUACCCGCGGACCUCUGAAGCUGUCGUUUGACUUGCUUGCAGACGUUUGUCGUCCUCAAUUGCUGUUCUCGGCGACGUCGCACGCAGACCCCAAAUCGGAGGAUUGCUCGGAAUUUCCGCGGUUCCCGACACCACUUCUUUUCUUUUUCUUCACCUCGCACUCAUCGGCAAAGUCUUCUGGUAUCAAACCCCUUCUUCGUCUUCCCAGGGAUUGCGUAGCUCUGACAUCAAGCCAUCUUGACAGCAUUGCCUCCUCUUGAAGCACCAUGAUUCCAUUGAUGAUGACGAGCCCAUGCGUGUGAGCUCCCUUGAACUGGUGGCGCACAGGGCAAGUUCCUCCAUUAUUGACCAGAUUGCGUAUUUGGAUCUGGCGAUCUUUGCGUGUUCUUGUGUCAACAAAGGCAUCUUGUCGCUCUAGAGACGGCGGUCUGCGGCUAGACCUAGAACGGCGAGAGCAGAUGGACCGGCAAAUUUGUCGACCUUGACUUCCAUCGUUAUAUUCAUCUACCGCCGCGUUUCGUCCAUAUCUUCUUCGUCGGUUAGAAGAGUCACUGAGAUGUCUCGAGGGUAUAAGGGUGUUUGUGUCGAGAUUUCGAUGGUUUUUCGUGUGGUAGUGGCGGGGGUAAGUUGACUUGGC